AUGGCGAUUUCCUCCUCAUUCCACAAUCCUCACUUCUACUCUCUAAGCAUCUCAGUGAUUGUUAAAGCAAGUAGUGGCCCAAGGUAUGUGGUCGGUUUCAUAACUAAUUCAAUUUUGAUGAGUAAACAGGUUGGCGAGCUGGCGGGAAUAGCUGUGGGAGCAACUGUCAUGCUUAAUAUUCUUAUAGCUGUGUACUUAUGGUCUGUGAGCAUUCUUCCAGAUUGUAAGAACGUAAUUUUCAACACAUCAAAGGUUGUGGCUCAGAAAAGUGUUGGUGAUGCUUCUACAUUUGUUGAGAGUGAAUUUUCACUGUCAAGUUCAAGUUGGAGUUGGUAUGUAGAAAAAACAGCUCACAGUUGGUUCUGCAAUUGCUUGGUCAGCCAAAAAAUUGUCCCAAAGUUGACUGAGGUGCUAACUGAUACGCAUCCGCAAGUUCAGUCUGCAUGGCAGACAACACUCCAGCAGGAGGUCCAAAAUCUUGCAAAGAAGGCUGCAGAAACUGUGGUGUUGGUAAUUGAUGAUGAAGGGACUGAGUAUUUGAUAUCAGAACUUCUCAAGUUGCUUCUAUUUCCAUGCUAA